AUGACUUGCGCCAAUAGGCCCAGUACCUUAAUUGGCCUUCCAGUCGAACUUCUAUUGCUGAUUUCAGAUUUCCUAUCACCAGCUGAUAUAGCAUGUCUUGCAGUCUGCAACCAUAGACUGAUGGGGUUGUUUGCCUCCGAAGACAGUGCCACAUUCAAUGGCCGGUUACAAAAAGGUCUGCCCGGAGAUAUGGAAGACGAGAGGUCCCUCUUUUUGGCCAGACUCUCAUUUGACCUACCUGAAUAUUAUCUAUGCUCUGCUUGUUUAAGUCUUCAUAUAUGGUCAAAAUUUCCAUCUCCAGCAAAAUUUGAGCCCCUCAAAUGCUUCUCGUCUCUGGAUGUUGAUGAUAAUGAAGACCGCUGGCUGGUCCAAGGCCUCGCAGGUCUAUACUAUCCAGCAUGGUGUCGCUAUCAACUUCAAUUUACUCAUGUAUACCUGGCCAUGAGACGAUUCUAUCAUGGGCUACAAUACGGCAUCUCCACAGACUCCCUCUUCCACACGGAAGUACGAGUAGAUCGCCUACGCAGUAACAGCACACCGCAAUCCCCAAAUAGAUCAGCAUUGACCCCGGAAGAAAAGCACCUCAGCGAAAACAAGACAAGCCUCACCUCAAUUGAAGCCCGAGUUUGCCCGACAGCGCCCAGCCUAUGCUUACGCAUCCAAGGUUUGGCAGUAGUGAGACGCCAGAAUGCAUCCCGGCUACUCCCGCAAGGAAAUACCGUCUGGGUAUGCGGACACGUUACAAACGCGACACCGAACUUUUCAGAGCAUGUUAGCUCUCAUAUCUCAGCGUACAGCUCUGGUGUGCCCAAAGCAGCUGAAUUUGGAAAGUGUUCUAAAUGUAACACAGAAUGGCAUGUCGAGCUGCGCGACUUGGGGACUCAUGAUGUGAGCUUGAUCUUCACCCGGUGGAUCGAUGUUGGGCCUGGACUUUCUCCUGAGGAUCCUAGGUGGAGGUCACUUUUGCUGUAUCAGAAUGAGUACGAGGUUGAUCCCCAGGACGUUAUCUUUAGUCCUCGGUUACGGUUUGAGAGUAGCUUGGUGGAGGGUGGUACGAAGAACACUAUGUCGGAUGAAGAAUUGUACCUUCGAAAUGCUUCAUUUUUGGAGGAAAAAAGAUACAUGGCUGCAGGAGGACCUACUGCGGUAGAAUCCACGCAGCCUGAGUCUCGACGACGUCGCUCGUCUGGUUGCGUGGCUAUGUAA